AUUAAAUUACCACAUUUGAUUAGUAUCUUUUAUCACGUUUAACCGUAUAUACUUGUUCGUUACACAUUGCUUAUUCAUUUCUUAGUCUUGUUUGUUUUAACUAAAGAACAUGCUUUAUAGUUGUUGGCAGUAAGAUUUAAAAACAUACGUUGUAGUCUGAAUAGAAGUCACCAACAUAAAUUGACAGCUGUUACCACAAACGGCUCUUGUAUUUUUCAAUAAAUGUAAGUUGGCGUUAUUUUCUUUGGAUCAGAAAUAAAAUACGCAGGAUCACGAUUUCAAGGUGUAAAGUAGAAAUAGACUAGGCGUACAUUGAGAUUUUCUUAAUUUGUCAUGGAAAAAGGAUCAUUCAUAUUUUGUUGGUUAUUUGUGAUCCAGUUCGUAUCGUCCCAAACAAAUAAUGAAUGUUUCACACCAAACGAUUUAAAUGGUGUUUGCAUAAACAUAAAGAGAUGUCCAUCUCUUCUUAUGCUUUUGGAGAACCAACGGAAAAAUAGUACAAUUGCUGCUUUUCUCCGUAAUUCAAUGUGUGGUUAUGAAGGUAGAGAUCCUAAAGUGUGUUGCGCUUUAGAUAGUGAAACUAAUAACAAUCCUUCACAAAAUAUUCCACCACCGACAACAACUGUACGACCUAACACAUCAUUUGGAUCUGAUAAUGUUGAGACGGUUAAAUCAUCAAAAUUGCCAUCACAAAGCACCUGUGGAAAGUCUAAUUCUAGCCACAUUCGAAUUGUUGGAGGAAUUCCAGCCGAUUUAGGUGCUUGGCCCUGGAUGGCAGCUCUUGGGUACCAAAAUCUUAACAGACCAGGCCGUGAUUAUCAAUGGUUAUGCGGCGGUGCCUUAAUAUCUGACAGAUACGCGUUAACAGCUGCUCACUGUACAGUCGGAAUCGGGAAUCGAAAGUUGGUCGUUGUACAUUUAGGUGAUUUGGAUUUGAAUCCUGACGUGCAAGAUUCAGCUUCACCAAUUGAUGUGCCUAUUUCACGUAUCAUAACACAUGAACGAUACAAUGCACGAGAAUAUACCAAUGAUAUAGCACUAUUAAAAUUAGAAAGUACUGUUAGAUUUAAUGAACUUAUUCAACCUAUCUGCUUGCCGAUACUACAAAAACAUAGAUCUAAUCAAUUAGUUUCUUUGGUGCCAUUUGUUGCUGGCUGGGGUUCUACAUCAUUUAGAGGACCAUCUUCUAGUGCAUUGAUGGAAGUUCAAGUACCAGUGAUGAGCAACGCGGAUUGUAAGCAACAAUUUGCCAACAAAAAAACUGUAAUUGAUGAGAGAGUAUUAUGUGCUGGUUAUUUAACUGGCGGAAAAGACGCAUGUCAGGGAGAUUCUGGUGGUCCAUUAAUGUGGCCUAAUGGAAAUCAGUAUUAUUUAGUGGGUAUAGUUUCUUUUGGAUUUAAAUGUGCUGAGCCAGGUUUCCCUGGUGUAUACACUAGGGUCACACAUUUUGUUGACUGGAUUGCAAAUAAUAUGAACAACAGUGAUGUUAGUCAAAAAUGUUACACGCCAGAUGAAUUAAUUGGUGAAUGUAUUAACAUAAAGAGAUGUCCAUCACUUCUAAUGCUUUUUGAAAAUCCGAAGAAAAAUAGUUCAGUUGCAGAGUUUCUUCAUAAUUCAAAGUGUGGUUAUGAAGGUCGUGAUCCUAAAUUGUGUUGCGCAUUAGUAAAUGAUCCUUCUGGUUCUUCAAAUCAGACUACCUCACCGCAAACAUCAACCGAAAAAAUUAACUUUUCAAUAAAAUUGCCAUCUUUAAGCACUUGUGGUAGGUCUAAUUCUACCCACACUAGAAUCGUCGGUGGAUCACCAGCUGAUUUAGGUGUUUGGCCCUGGAUGGCAGCUCUUGGGUAUCAAGAUCGUCGGAUUAGGAAAAAUGGUGAUUAUAAAUGGUUAUGUGGCGGUUCUUUAAUAUCUGACAGUUACGUAUUAACAGCGGCUCACUGUCUAACCAGGGACCAAUAUCGUAGAUUGGUUGUUGUACGUUUAGGUGAUUUGAAUUUAAAUCCUAGUGUUCAAGAUUCAGCUUCACCAAUAGAUAUGCCUGUUUCGUUUUCUAUAGUACAUAGAGGAUACAAUUCAUUAAACUACACCAAUGAUAUAGGAAUAUUAAAAUUGGUACAUCCAGUUACAUUUAAUGAAUUCAUUCAACCUAUCUGUUUGCCAAUUUUAAGAAAACAUAAAAUCAACCAGUUAACUAAUAUGGUGGUAUUUGUAGCUGGCUGGGGUACCACAUCAUUUAAAGGAUCAACUUCUAAUGCAUUAAUUGAAAUUCAAUUACCUGUGUGGGACAACGUUGAUUGUAAGCAAACGUUUACUAACGAAAAAAAUGUAGUAAUUGAUGACAGAGUAAUAUGUGCUGGGGUAAAGACAGGUGGAAAAGAUGCAUGCCAGCAAGAUUCUGGAGGCCCAUUAAUGUGGCCUGAUGAAAAUCAAUAUUAUUUAAUGGGUGUAGUAUCUUACGGAUAUAAAUGUGGUAAAGCAAAUCACCCCGGUGUAUACACUAGGGUCACACAUUUUGUUGACUGGAUUGUAGAUAAAAUUGAUAACAGUUUAGAUGUGUAAAUUGGUAUUAAGUAAGGUUUGAGUUUAAAUUA